AUGGGCGAAACUUUGCACGACAAAGAACAAAUCUUCGAAAGUCUUAUGGGAGAGGAUCAGCGUUAUUUUGAAGGAAAACGGAAUUGGCUUCGACAACAAAACUUAGACGAAAUAUUUGAUGAGGCGGAGACUAAAAGUGUUUUAAACGCUUUGGACUCAAUCGAUAAAAUAUGGGAAAACAUUUACGAUACAAAGCAAGAGUACCAUGUAUUCAGUGAAAGGCUAAAGGAAAACGAGAAGUUCCUUGCGACUGCAAAUGCCGAGUUCGAAGAAAUGGAAAAAGGCUUUUUAAACAGCCUCACUCGUUCCACUCUCAGCAAUCUCAAGUGA